AUGGAGAAUAAUUCUACAAUAGUUGACGCAAAAAAUGAACAAGCUGAAACAACUGCUUCCACCUCUAACACCCACAAUGCCACCACUUCUAAAGAACUUCCAAAUUCUCCCUUAAAUACUUACUCCUUCCAAAUUUCGAAAUACGCAAAAGCGAAAACCGGCGAACAUAAUAAGAUCAAAUACACCAUAGUAAAAAAUAACACCAUAAAAAAAUACAAUACAACAAGCAAUGUAAACAACAAUAGCAAUACUAAUAAUAAAAAAUUCAAAGAAGAAUCGAAUUCUGAACCAACAAAGAAAAAGCGAGGUAGAAAGAAGAAAGUGGAGGAUGAAGAUUAUGAGCCACCAAAGAAAAUGCGAGGUAGAAAGAAGAAAGUAGAGGAUAAUGAUGAUGAUGAAGCGUCAAAAGAAAGGUCGAUCGCGAAAUGGGUCAAUGGAAUAUUCAAAGAUUUGAGGAUCUUUAUUAUGCCACAAAAUAUUGAUAGAGUGAGAUUGGAACUUUUGAAAACGAGGAUCAAAGAAAGGGGCGGAUUGGUAUUGGAAGUAUUUGUUAUUCUUGAUGUGACUCAUAUCAUUACAGAGUUGAAGGGGAAAAAAGUAAUUCGAGGUUUGAACAUAAAUAAAGCGGACGAAUUAUUGGAGCAUGGAAUAAAAGUUAUCAAUGCGAAUUGGAUUUCGGAUUCAGUCAUGUAUAAUAAACUUUUAGAAAUUGAUGAUUAUGUUGUCCAUUUAAAUGGCAUUAAACCACGCGAGAUUACUAUCGAUCAAACCACAUCAACACCACUAAAACUCGACGAGAAAAACGAGACCAAAAGGAAUGAUGAGAUGCCCACGGAAAAUUAUAAUAGCGGUUCAGAUUCCGAAAAAAGUUUUUUGUAUGCUAUCAACAUUUCUAAUAAUAAUGACGGUAGCAAAUCGGCAAAUACUUCCCAAGAUCCCUUAAAAGAAAUCAUCGCAGAAGCAAGGCAUCUUACUGAAGAGGGAAUCUAUUCGGAUGAGGAAGACGAAGAUUAUGACCGGGAAGAGUCGAGUGUAUCAAACACAUCUGCGCGACAUUAUGAAACUUUAGAUUCAGAUAAUGAAGAGGAAACGUCGGGAUCGCAUUCUAUCGCCAAUAAUAUAUGUGAACAUGAUCAAAUUCCAAAAAAUGAAAAUAAUCAUAAUAAACCAGUUUCACCGAUAAAAAUUGAUGAAAAUCCGAACAAGUUGAUUAUUGAUAAGCUUAAUUUGAUAUUGGAACACUAUCAAAAGACAAGUAAAGAUCAAUGGCGAGUUAUAGCUUAUCGCAAAGCCAUAUCUGCAUUGAAAAAACAGAUAAACCCUAUAACUUCUUUUGAGGAAGCUAACAAAAUUCCUGGUAUUGGAGAUCGCACUGCAAAGAAAAUCGCGGAAAUUAUUGAAACAGGUCAUCUCAAAAGGUUAGACAAUUUUGGAGAAGCUGAACCUGUCUUGACGAUGUUUACACAGAUUCAUGGCGUCGGAGUUAAUCAAGCACUUAAGUGGUACGCUCAAGGAUAUAGAACACGCGAAGAAUUAUUGAGGAACGUUAAACUUACUCAUGCACAGAAAGCGGGAAUUCUUUAUUUUGAAGAUUUGCAAGAACGUAUGAGUAGAGACGAAGUGACGAAAAUUUUCAAGUUUAUAGAAGAUGCAGCACAUAGCAUUGACUCUAAAUUAGAAU